CAGGGUCGGGCCAGUCAGUGCCUGCGCGAGCUGACUAGUGGGACAGGAGACCUGAAUAAUGCAGGGGUCUUCUCUAUCAGCGGCUCGUUUUCUCCACUUGCCAUUUUCAACUACACACAAUGAACUGUGAUGUCAUCAAGUUGACCCAUGUGAAACACAGGCUGAGCGUAUCCAUCUACAGAGCAAUUCAGAUCGAUGCCUUAGAUGAGAGAUGGCAGUGCCAGAAACAAGGAUGAAAAUCAGCAGUUACACCAGAUGGGCAAGGAACUGGAAAUGGUGCCAUUUACAUAGAUUGUGCAAGAAGUUGUGGCCCUGCCAGGCAAUAUUUCAGUGUUCUCUCAGGUUCUAAUAAAUUGAGUUAUUCUGAGAGUACUGAAUAAUAUAAUUCCUUCUCUACUGCUGAAUGUACAGAGGUUGCUAUGCGCAAACAACAAGCAUUGGCCAGGAUAGGUGAGGACAUUCCACAUAUUAAGUGGAUUGAUCUUACUGCCACCAAAGAUUGCCAAAUGUCUAAAUGUCAAGAGAGUGAGUUAUCAGAUGAGGGGCUCUCAGUGGAGACUACAGACAAAGCCUCCCUUACUGUGUUUCUUGUUCCACCACAAGAUCAGACAGGGGUUGUCAAGGAUUACAGCAAGCAGAACUCACCAAAAUAUGUCCUUGAUUCAGACUUAGGCCAGACUCUCGAAAAUAAGAGAGACAUGCAGUUGAUACUCAAGAAGGAAUCUGAUAAUGUUGGGAUUGAGGUUUGUGAGGUAAAAACCAAAGCUACAAACAUUGCUAACAUCUCAACCAAUGAUCUACUAGCGAUUAAUGCUCAACGACAAUCUAUUUUAAAGAAAGGUUUCUAUGACAUGCCACUGUCACAUGACAGCGUAAACCAUACAGACAACGAGAUGUGGACUGAGAAUGAUACACAGGUUGUUGAUGUGCCACAUACAAGAGGAAAUUCAACAUUUGGGAUGCCUGGGAUGUCCCAAAACCUUUCUAAUGAUGCAGAGAAAAGAAGUUUAGAAUAUAGUAAAGACUGCAUUAUAGACUAUAAAACACAAAUUUUGUGUCAUGGAAGAGAGGAGAGAUUUGGAUGUUUGGAUAUUGGAUGGACUAUGGCAAUUACAAGCACAGGAAAUUCCUUGGAACAAAAUGAUGAGGGUGAGGUAUUAGAUUUAAGCCUACCAAAAAAGAAAGAAAGAAUUAAGGAGAGUCUGUGUGAAUGGAUUGUGGACCCUGACUAUGAAGGCUCACUUCAUAUGGAAGUUGAUGAAAUUGAGAAUGAGCCCCAACAUAUAGAAGUGGAGCAAGAGGACGAUAAUGAAAACCCCUGGAUUCCAUCAAUAAGUGAUGCUCAUACAUAUGUCCCACAGCAUUGGGAUGGACAUCUGUCCUCCCCCUCUUUGGCAUCGUUGCCAACUCCCAUGUAUACCAAUAUAGCCUCUGAUCCGAUGGAUACACUACUCAUAGAUGAUCAGGGCAUUCCUUACAAACUCACCCCAGAUGGACAGAAAGUUCUUCAAAUUGAUGAUAUACAACACACCGAGGGCCUCUAUGAAAAAACAAAUCUAAGCCAAAGGCAAGCAGAAGACAAGCCCUAUUCCAUUACUGAUGUCCAGGAUAUUGCAGACUCCAAACAAAAGACACAACCCAAUCCAUUGUACGCAAAUAUGUCUCUUGUGGAAGCCUCACAUGUUGUUCCAAACGUGGAAUCAAAAUCUCCUCUGAGCUCAGUAGUCCUUGCUAAACCAUCGAUCUUACCUGCCAUGUCUGACUUGCCAUCAGUUCCCAUUCAGAUUGUGGCUAAUACUACAGGAUCAAACACUCCCAUUCUUCUUCUUCCUCCAUCUCAGCUUCAGUCACUUUCCUCACCAGCCUCUAAGGGUAACCCAGGACUAAUUACUCUUUCUUUACCAGUUCCUCUUAGUCAGAGCACUCAGUCGUCCCCCACGUUCCUUGUUUUGUCAUCUCCUCAGGUGUCCUCAACUCAGAGUUCAUCCUCACUAGGAAAAUUAUCUCAAAUUUCCUCCAAUUCCACUGUUGCACUUCCCUUAGCUACUUGUCCACUUGACCUGGGAUCUACAAUAUGUUCACCUCCCUCGUUUCUUAGUAUUAGUACAGUCUCCUCUGCCACAACUACAGACAUUUCAGGACCGAUUAACCCAUCUAAUCUUCCUGUUAGCCCUACCUCAUCAACCGCUUCGUCCAGCACUUGUACAGUGACCUCUACAAGUCCAACCAAGCAAUUCUACAGUGAUGCCUACUCUGACCAACCAGUGCCCACUUCCUUUCGGGAGGCUCUUCUCAGAUUAGCUGUGUCUGCCGAGAAGAAAAAUGAAAUCCAGCCUCAAAGCAUUGAGACACAUUCAGUCUCUACUCCCUCCUCAUGUUCUGAAGCAACCAAGCCAGAUUCCUCUGCCACAGUCCAUAAAAUUGAGAUAAACUGUGACAAGCAGUGUCCAGCCACUGAGACUGGGUCUACCUCAGUGGACCAAACAGACUCAAUAGGUGCCAUGUCCACCAAGGACCUUUCCCACCUUUCUUCCACCUCACCCCUUCAUCCCGCAUCACCCGUAUUUCCCAUCAAUCACCCAAAGAACCAAGACUCGCAAGCAUUAGGUCCACGUCGCAUUCUUUACUGUCAGUACUGUUCACGAGUCUUCUACUAUCUUUCGGAUCUUGAGCGCCAUUCCAUCACACACUCGCAAAAUAAACCCCAUGUAUGCCAACUCUGCGGUAAGGCAUUCAAAAGAUCAAGCCAUCUUGAGCGACACAAACACAUCCACACAGGUCAGCGAAACUUUGUGUGUCAGCUUUGCCCAAGGCGUUUUCGUGAGUCUGGGGAGCUAAUGAGGCACCAGAGAGUACAUACGGGUGAAAAACCCUAUCAGUGCUUAAUAUGCCAUAUGCGUUUCGCAGAGCGCAACACACUGCGACGCCAUACAAAACGCAAGCACCAAGGCCAGCAGCAGGAGGUGAUGGACAUGAAUGCAAAGCCAGAAAGUGAAGAGAUUUCCCUCACCUGUAUACAGAGAGAGCCAGAAGAUAAUGCAGAGUGGUACAGUUCAACAGUUCCUGAAAUGGAGUCCAACAGUGACACAGGGGGAGAAUGAACUACAUAAGGGCAUGAAAAAAUGUAUGUUUUAUGAGUUUCAAGGGAAGCAUUGCUGUAAAUAAGUUUAAUUUAUUCUGUAUUGAUAUAACAAUUCUUUACUGUUCUCACUAGACUCAUAUAAUUGUCAAUAUUUCAUUCCAGUUUAAUCUCGAGACCUUAACUGUUUAUGAUUGAACCUGGCUAUGUUCACUUUAAUAAGCUUCAGAUAUUUAUCAGAUAUACUUACUGUAAAAGAGUAAGAGGCUCUGUGCAAAAACAUGAUCAUUAUUUAUUAUUUUAUUAUUUCUUGAAAUAAUAACAAAUUGAUACGGAAUGACAUCUCAUAGUUUUAUGCAUAAGUACACACUGAGCAUUUUAUUACGAACACCUGUACAUUAUUCAUGUAAUUAUCUAAUCAGCAAGUUGUGUAGCAACAGUGCAAUGCAUAAAAUCAUGCAGAUAUGGGUCAGGAGCUUCAGUUAAUGUUCACAUCCACCAUCAGAAUGGGGAAAAAAAUUUAAUCUUAGUGAUUUGGACCGUAGCAUGAUUGUUGGUGCCAUAUGGGCUGGUUUGAGUAUUUCUGUAACUGCUGAUCUCCUGGGAUUUUUACACACAACAGUAUCUAGAGUUUACUCAGAAUAUCGCCAAAAACCAAAAACAUCAAGUGAGUGGCAGUUCUGCAGACAGAAAUGCCUUGUUGAUGAGAGAGUUCAACAGAGAAUGGCCAGACUGGUUCAAACUGACAAAGUCUAUGGUAACUCCGAUAACCACUCUACAGUUUUAGUGAGCAGAAUAGUAUCUCAGAAUGCACAGCACACAUUCUGAGGCAGAUGGACUACAACAGCAGAAGACCACAUCUGGCACUUUACUAACACCAUAUUGUUCAGUGAGUCAUGACCCAGCUUAUAAAUUUCAGAACACCUUCAGAUAUAAUGCAUUACAAAUAUCUUGCUCUGUGUUGAUUCCUUUUUUAGUUUCUAGUUUUAGCUAUUUUUCCAGAUGGACGCAGGCAUGGUCGCUUUAGAUUUUUGUCUGCAUUAAUAUUCAAUCUGAACUAUUUGUUUCAGUAACCCUUUGCCUUUUACAGAGGCCUGCUACAUUUUAUUAUCUUGAAAUUAUGCUUUUAAUCUACACACAUUUUUUUUUUUUUUUACUUUUAAUCUUGACAUUGUGUCCUCUGGAAUUACAAUAUUAGACAGUUGUUACAAAUCAUGACAGAGAGCUUGAGUUGAAAUUCUGGUUCAUCUAGUUCUUUAUGAUAUAACUGUAUUUAAUUAGGACAAAUUCAAAUUAUUUUUUUAACUUCACUGUUUCAUAUAUGCUGUGAAACAUAAUUAUCUGGUGGCCUUGCACCGUUCACAUAAAUAUCUUAAUAUUUUAAUAUUACACCUUUUUUACUUUUGUCUUUUAACAAAGUUUUAACUUUGAACUUUGAUUUUCUGUAUUCAGUUCAAGGUUAUGACACUUGAAAGAGACUUAAUAAGACUCAGAGUUGGUGCUUUAACCCAUGCUGAUUAAUUUUGUCUUCUAUGUAAUUUACCAUGUAACUAAACAUGCUCAUACUGGACACCUGGGGCUAUUCAACAUUUCAGUUGCUUAAAUCUUAAAUUUCAGGUUUGAUUAGGAAUUUGAAUAUUUGCACACUCUAUUUAAAGCUUGUCAUCCCCCUUCUCUUUUUCUAGUGGUUCCCACGCUUAAUUAACUGUCCAAUUGACUUUGCUUUAAGCUCACUGCAGCAAAGAUACUACAAGCUGUUGAAGUGUCCAACUGCUAAACAAUAUCGCUUAAUGGCUCUCUCUCUCUCUCUCUCUCUCUCUCUCUCUCUCUCUCUCUCUCUAUAUAUAUAUAUAUUUUGGACAGUUGUUUACAAAAAAUACUGAAACUUCAUAUAUAAUAUAGAUCGAUUCAGUGUUAUUUAUUGAGCUUAUUUCACAGUAGAUUUGCCACACUUUUAUUACAAUGUUUGGAUCCUAUUAUAAUUUAAAGAUCAAUGCUCCAAGUCUGUUUAAACAAAAUAAGAACAAUCUUGUACCA